GUUAGACUCAAAACCGAGCCCUGAAAACGCUUCCCAGACCUUCCCCUUCGUGAGAGGAAUCCAACGGAGGAAGAAUCUUUGAAAACGGUCGUGAAACGAGGGAGAAAACGCUCGCCGGAGUUUUCGCCGGAAAACUUUCCCGACAGAAAACGGAGGAGCAGGAGCCGCCGUCUCCGCCGCCAACCCUCCACCGGCCUUCGCCGUCCCGAGAGGAGUGCACCGCUACCCCGUUGGCCGUUUCCGACGAGGUGAUUAUUUAGAGACCGGAGUAGAAGAAGAGAAUUAGGAGCACCCGGACUAGAGAAACAUGCCGCCAAGAAGAAACCCCCAUGCGACCCCAACUGUUGAGGAGUUGGCUCAAACUAUUCAGCAGAUGGCGCAACACAUCGGAGCAGCUCAAACCCAUAACCAAGGGGUUGACUAUGCAGCGCGCGUAGCCGGAAGGAACCCCCCAAAAUACCUGGGGGAGGAGGAUCAUCUGAUUCUAGAAGACUGGAUCCGAACCUUCGACAAGCUCUUUGAUUCGCUCAACUGCCCGUUAGAGCAGCGGGUAAACAUAGCGGUGUACUACUUGCACCAAGAGGCGGAUCAUUGGUGGGCUGCCACCGGGACAACUCUCCUCGAGCAACCGGAAUUUUGUUGGGAAGACUUCAAGAUAGCCCUACGCGACCGUUUCUAUCCGGACCAUGUGAAAGAGGCAAACUAUGAUGAGUUUGUCAACUUCAAGCAAGGAGAUUUAACCGUCCAAGAGUACCACACGAAGUUUGUCCAACUGGCCCGCUUCGCCAAAGAGCUGGUAUCCACUGAGGCCAGCAUGACCCGGAGGUUUGUGAAUGGGCUGAACUUUGGCGCCCAAAAGUUCGUAACCGUGGCAGAGCCGCGGAACAUGAAUGAGGCGUACCGGAAGGUCGGGAAGUACUACAUGGUACAUCAGAAGGAGAGGGAGGCGCAGAAGAGAGACCGGAAGAUUGCCGAGGUAGAACAGCAGCAAAAGAAGGCCCGAACUGACCGCCUAGAGCCAAGACAAAACAACCAAAACGGUAGAACCUUCCAAGGCCAGGGUCAGGGAAGGAAUCAGCCCGCUCAGUUACGGCACUACAAAUGCAAACUGUGCCCAAAUAACCAUCCCGGGAAGGAUUGUGCGGGAAAUGCGGUGAGAUGUUACAACUGUAAUCUCAUGGGGCAUCGGGCAUAUGAGUGUCGGAAACCUCCGAGCCAGGGUCAAGGCCAAGGGAACAACCAAACUGGGGGCGGGAAUAAUCACGCUAACAUCAACCGUGGUAAUCCCGGUAAUCCCCCAGCGGAGGCUAACCGAAACCAAGGCCCGGGAGGGCAAAACAACACUCAAGGCCGCAUCUACGUCAUGAACCAGGCGCAAGCAAAUGCACACGAUGUGGUGACAGGUGAUUAUUUAGAGACCGGAGUAGAAGAAGAGAAUUAGGAGCACCCGGACUAGAGAAACAUGCCGCCAAGAAGAAACCCCCAUGCGACCCCAACUGUUGAGGAGUUGGCUCAAACUAUUCAGCAGAUGGCGCAACACAUCGGAGCAGCUCAAACCCAUAACCAAGGGGUUGACUAUGCAGCGCGCGUAGCCGGAAGGAACCCCCCAAAAUACCUGGGGGAGGAGGAUCAUCUGAUUCUAGAAGACUGGAUCCGAACCUUCGACAAGCUCUUUGAUUCGCUCAACUGCCCGUUAGAGCAGCGGGUAAACAUAGCGGUGUACUACUUGCACCAAGAGGCGGAUCACUGGUGGGCUGCCACCGGGACAACUCUCCUCGAGCAACCGGAAUUUUGUUGGGAAGACUUCAAGAUAGCCCUACGCGACCGUUUCUAUCCGGACCAUGUGAAAGAGGCAAACUAUGAUGAGUUUGUCAACUUCAAGCAAGGAGAUUUAACCGUCCAAGAGUACCACACGAAGUUUGUCCAACUAUGAGCGAGUUAGAAGUCGCCUUAGUUACACUAGUCAUGAAAUAAACAUUUACUUUUCAAACACUCUACUUUUAUUAAAUUAGUUGUUCUGUUCUAGUUGCCUGUGCAUCCGGUUGAGAGAUGACCGGAUGUGGCGGUAACACCCGUUUCCCUAUUUUAGACUUCCGCUGUAUUUCUUUAACUCUUUG